GUAAGCAGGCCUGUUGGUGACCCUGCUAUAGUCAGCGCUCUGAGGAGCGUCUCAGCAAGGGCGGCCACAAAUAAGAACAGCACAUUGACAUCUACAACAGAGAGACGGUGCACCCAAGAAGAGCAAGAAAGGGACUGUAGUGCACCUGUAGAUUGGUGCGAUGAGACUGUUGAACCGUGCACCCGUAUAGAGAAAGAAAGGGACUGUAGUGCACCUGUUUAUGAGGGCGCUAGGGCUGGGCAAAAGUCCACAUAUCUAGAGCAAGAAGGGGACAGUAGCGCGACAGAAGAGGGGUACGGUGAUUGUGAGUUGCCACUACCACCAACGCCACCAGAAGCAGAUAAUAGCGAUUCGGAUGCAUACAUGGAUCUUCCCCCGCCCGCGGAUGCCAUUGUCUCACCGCCAACUCUAUCGGAUGCUGGCAGCGACAAUGAGAAUGAGCAGAGUGAAUGCGCCGCUGAUUUUGACUGGCCGACACCGCCGAAAGCAAGUUUCAGCGCGACAUCACGAUUACUGGAACUCGGCAAGGACUACGAAGCACCACCCAUCUCAGGAUUUGGCUCGAAAGCCAGCUAAGAUUGUAGAUUCCUCGCAGAUCUAUGGACAACGCUCAUUAUGUAGUAACUAGUGCACAAGUAACAAGUAUAGAUUACCUCGAACCAACAGAAAGACUAUGGAAGAGCAUGAAGUUAAUAUUUAUUCAUGCGAUUCACUGUUUAAUAAACAACCAAUGUAGUACAC